AUGCUUCCGCUGGCCGUGCUGCCCGGCGGGCUGCGCUUCUACAGCCAUGGCGCCAACCAGGACGAGCCGCUGUCGUUCCCGCGAUCCUACCCCAUCAUCCUCACCGAGGGCGACGGCACCAAGGUGUACGUGUCAGUGCUGGCGUUCCGCGACCUGGUGGACGACGACGUGGCGCAGGCGUACAGCAUUCCGCCCAACUCGUACGCGGACAAGUGUCUCUGCGUCAUCAGCCACUACCCCUUCCUCGACACCUUCGCCGACCUCCUCACUGAGAUCCACCGCCUCGCCUUCCAACCCCUCGGCAGCCCGCGGCCGAUAUGGGACAUAAUAACGGGGGUGAUGUCGGUGCCGCUGCCAUCAGGCCCACAGCAGACGGUGGUCUUCAGCGUCGAGAGCGUUGUGCUCUCCACCACCCUGCCCGACCCCCACGCCCUCCCCUCCUCGCACGUGUCGUUUCUACCCCUCGUAAGCUGUCUCGACAUUGACAACAUCAUCCAGCUCUUCACAGCCGUGCUCCUCGAGAGACGAGUGCUGCUGCUGGGGAGCAUGCUGAAGCUACUGACGAACGUGGCGGAGGCGGUGUCAGGGCUGCUCUACCCUUACAAGUGGAUGCUGCCGUACAUCCCGGUGCUGCCGCUGCCACUGCUGGAGCUGCUGCACGCGCCGGGCAUAUUCAUCUACGGCAUCAACACAUCCGAGUUCGAACUGCAAGACGACCUGGACGGGGUGGUACUGGUGGACCUAGACUCCAACCGCGUGCGCAUGAUGAGUCUCGAGAGCGAGCAGGAGGAGGAGGACAUCCCGCCUCUGCCCGAGCCAGAGGCCUCCGAGCUGAGGGCCGCGCUGCACGCGCUGAUCCACCCGCACCUGGCCGUGCUGGAGUCUGUGCGGCACCACCGCUCGCCGCUGCUGGCCGCUGGCGUGCAGCAGUUUGACGAGAAGACGUUUAAAACCUGGGGCCGUCACCAUGACGAGCAGUUUCGGCAGCUGUUCCUGCGCUUCCUGGCGUCUGUGCUGCAUGGAUACAAGGACUUUGUGAUGGAGGAUCAUUUUGAGGCGGGCAAGCUGGUGUUUGACAAGCUCAGCUUCCUGCUGCGCCGCUCCGAGCUCUACGACCACGCCAACGAGCCCUUCAUAGAGGCGAUGCUGUCAACGCUGGGGUGGCACAACUUCUUUGAGUGCGAGCUGGCGCACUCCCCUGAGGAGCUCACGCAGUUUGAUGCCAUCAUGCAGCGCGCUCACAACAAGGACCCGCAGAUCACGCUCCCCCCGCUGCCCCCCACCGAGUUCCUCACUGUUGACAUCUACCUGGCGCUCCCAGCGGCGAAGCGGGGAGCAGUGGGGCGGUAUGUGUACCAGCGCUUCCCCAACAACGAGAAGGCAGGCGGCGAGCAGGAGGCCAGAAGUCUGGCGGUGGAGAAGGCCAUGAGGGCGUGGCUCAAGGAGCGGAGGCUGGGGCGCACGCGCAGCUCCAAGGAGCGCGGGGCGCAAAGGGAGAUGAUGAAGGUGGACACUCAAGUGCGCCUCUGUCAACUAUGGGACCAACUAAGAGGCUUACCUCCCGGCGAGCAUCCCAUGGGCUCAGAGCACUACGGCACCAUCUACGGCAUGAUCGAGUCGGACCCAGAGGGCUUUGGGGGUUCCAGCUUCCUCGCGUGCCUGGAGGAGAACAUCACCAUCGGGUGGUCGGGCGAGCUCACGCGCGAGAUGUUCAUGGCGUGUCGUGAGCUGAUGCUGGUAGCAGCGGCGCGCGCGGGCGAGAGGAGGGACUACCAGGUGGCGGGGGGGCUGUUGGAGAUAGCGGGGCGCAUCUACUUCCGCGACGAGUUCGGCAUGCUCGACUUCAUGCGCCGCUACCUCGGCUCCCUGCACGUCUGGCACUCGCAGGCCCUGUGGGACGAGCUCUUUGAGCAGCGCAUGCAGGAGCUUGGAGAAGAUUCCUUUGGCAACUAUUCACAGAUGGUCAUGCUUACACUCAAGGCCUGCGCCUUCCACAUGGUGGAGCUGGGCAUAGCGGACAAGGAGACGUGGAAGAUGCUGUUGCACCUCGCUAGCGAGCACGGCCUCAGAGAGAAGCGCCAGAACCUGCUGCGCGGGCAGCUGUCCCUGAUUCAGCUCAAGUUCCGCUUCUACGGCCCGCCACGCCUGGCGCUCAUGAUGGCGCUGGCACCGCGCAUCGCCCCCAAGAUGGAGCAGGCCGCACGCCUCAAGGGCGGGGGCGGGGGCGGGGGAGGCGCAGGGGCGGACGGCAUGGCGCGCGUGGACAGUAAUAACACUCUGGAGGGCGAGGGCGGGGGCGCGGUGCAGCAUAAGGGUCUGGCGCGGAGCAAGAGCAAGGCGGGUCGGCGGGGCGUGAACUUUGAGGUGGGGGGGAAGGGAGCGGCGACCCCGACGCCCAAGGGCGGGGGCGGAGGGCUGACGAGCCCCAGGGGAAAGGGCAAGGCGGAUGCGCUUGAUCGCCGCGCGGACCGUGGGCACACGACCCUCACGAGAGCAGACCCGGUGCAUCAGAGGAAGGAGGGCAACACGGGAGUGCGUGUGCUGCGAGGCCACAGUGCAGCAGUGACAGCGCUGCACGUGGGGUCCGUGAGCGACCUGGGCGACCUGCUCUCCGGCUGUGAUGACGCCGGCUACUUCGUCUCCGGCUCGGCUGACCGAACUGUGAAGCUGUGGAGUGCGAACCGUGUGGGGGCGGAGAUGCGCGCCACCAUGCGCGGCCACGAGGGCACGGUGCGAGCCAUAUCAUCCAACGCUAGCAGUAUUCUGUCCGGAGGCGACGACUGCAAGGUGGUGCACUUUGACAAGCGCACCUCACUGCCCCUCGCCACGCUCGACGCCCACACCGCCCCCAUCUCCUGUGUGCGCUUCCUCUCUGGCUUCGCGCGCAGUGCGGCAGUGACAGCAGGUCUGGACGGGCUGGUGGAGGUGUGGGACAUGCGCUCGCACCGCCGCGCUCUCACCGUCGCACAGCCCGCACAGGGCGCUGCAGUGCUGUGCCUCAGCUGGCAUGAGGACGCGGGGGGUCUCAUUGCAACAGGGCAUACUGAUGGCACGGCGAGGGUGUGGGACAUGAGGGCGGGCAGGGAGAUGCAUUUCCUGGAGGCGCACAGCAACUGGGUCAGCUGUGUGUUGGUGAACAAGGACAUCAUCAUCACGGGCAGCCACGAUUGGACGGCCAAGAUCUGGUCCGUGGAGACGGGCGACUGUGAGAAGAUCCUGACCGCCCACGGCGGCGCAGUGAGCACCAUGGACUACUGCACGUCGUCUCACCGCCUCGCCACCGGAUCGGCAGACGGCAUGGUCCGCAUCUGGAAGAAGGAGGACGACCAGUACAUCCCGCAGGAAACCAGUGGGUCGUCAUCAUCAGAAGCAGUGGUGGCGGUGCGGCUGAUGGACGAGGUGACGGGCGUGGCCACGGCCAGCAACCAGCUCAUGUUCCUCGAAUUCACCGACGCCGAUGGCCGCGUUGGUGGCACCGGCAGCGGCGGCGGGGACCCCUCCACGUGGGCCGUCAGCAAGAUGGUCUCCAACAUGCCCGAUGUGGUGCGGCACGUGGCAGUGGAUCUGGACUAUGGUCGCAUGUGCAGCGGCUCGCACACCGGCGCCAUCCGCAUUUGGGAUGCAUUCCCCGAAGCUGCAGGGGCGGCAGCGGCGGCUGUAGCAGCAGGGCUGGGAGGCGUGCCGGCAGCAGCAGGGCCCAGCAAGUAUGACCUCACUGGCGUGUGGGACAGCUUGGAUACCUCUGCGGCGCCAGAGCUAACGUCUACUACACACUGCGAUUCUCGAGAUUUUCAACCUUGCAAAACGAUCGUCGUCGCGCCGAAAACCGCAGCCGAUGCAAUGGCUGCCGUAGGACUGAUUCAGAAAGGAAAAGCCCCUUCCGACGCUUUAAUCAACUUCAAAGGCGACAGUCGCACUCAGUGCGAUGCGUCUCACAAACCGUCGAAUUUCACAAUUCCCCGCGUUCGGAGCCGCGUGGAGGACGUCGAAGUGCACGCGCUCGAGUGUCGCUUAGAGCUUCUCAACGCGCAACGCGAGCUCACCGCCAUGCGAUGCCAGCAGUUCAUCCGCUCGCUGCACGACUCGUUCGAAGAAGCUGCUGCGGCCAACGCGCAAAUCCCGUCCGCCGAUGUUUCCGAUUUCAACUGCAACGCAACCGUCACUGAGAGGAGAUGGGGCGUCGCCGAGCGUUCCUCCCCGCGCGCCGAUCAUUGUCCUAAUAACGCGUUGAGUGGCGCUUCGCGUUCCGCGAUGGACAGCAACUGGGACUCCGACAGCACCAGCUCGGCGACUGGCGACAGUUCUGACGACGAGUUCGAACGCGCUAAUCGACGCGCCUUGGCGUCGCUCUCGUCCUCACGAAGUCCCCACUCUGGUGCCACGUCAUCGUCUUCAUCCAUUCCCGGCACAAGCCAUAGCGUGCGAUUCGCGUUCGCUAAGCCCCUCUGCGAGUCGUUAGACCGUCGCGGCGAGAGCGGACAUUGCAUUGUAUCCCCUUCUGUGCGAAGCCGGUCAGCCCGAUGGAUGGAAAGCGCGGCUAUGCCAUCGGAAAAUCGUCCUGGUCGCGGUUUGGGGUUUGAAACUGCCUCACCUGGCGUUGCUGCUGGGCGCUGCCACUCCGCGCGAUGGGCGGAAGACCUCCGGUUUUAUGACAACCCUGUUCCUCUUCGCCGUGCAGAGUGUCAUUAUGCUGUGUAA